GACGAGACUAUGCAGCCCAGCCAGCCCCCGCCGCCAAGGCCGGCUCAACCACCGGCCGCAUCGUGGCCGUCAUCGGUGCGGUGGUGGACGUGCAGUUCGAUGAGGGGCUGCCCCCCAUCCUCAACGCCCUUGAGGUGCAGGGCAGGGAGACCCGGCUGGUGCUGGAGGUGGCUCAGCACCUAGGGGAGAACACUGUGCGCACAAUCGCCAUGGAUGGCACAGAAGGCCUGGUGAGAGGACAGAAGGUGCUGGACUCCGGUGCGCCCAUCCGCAUCCCCGUCGGCCCCGAGACUCUGGGCAGGAUCAUGAAUGUCAUCGGGGAACCCAUCGAUGAGAGGGGCCCCAUCACGACAAAACAGUUUGCUGCUAUCCACGCCGAAGCCCCCGAGUUCGUGGAGAUGAGCGUUGAACAGGAGAUCCUGGUGACAGGGAUCAAGGUGGUGGACCUGCUGGCUCCCUACGCCAAGGGCGGCAAGAUCGGUUUGUUUGGAGGUGCUGGCGUUGGCAAGACGGUGCUGAUCAUGGAGCUGAUCAACAACGUGGCGAAAGCCCAUGGCGGUUACUCGGUGUUUGCCGGUGUGGGGGAGCGAACCCGUGAGGGCAACGACUUGUACCACGAGAUGAUCGAGUCUGGGGUCAUCAACCUGAAAGAUGCCACUUCCAAGGUGCGCUGCGACUCCUGAGGCGUUUGGGUGGGCUCCCGGCAGUGCCCGUGGC